CCAGGCCUGCAACGAAGAUGUCAGAUAUCAAAGUUUUAAUCAUGUCAUUCUGAAAGAUAUCUGCGAGUUGAAUGACCGAACCAAAUAAGCCAGACCUGAAGAUUUUAUUCCUGAUCCUCACCGGUAUUAUUCUAGAAGAAAGAAGAAAUUAGUUCCACUUGGUUCUAUCCUUGAGGUUCCAGCUGAAACUUGUCAAGAGAUCAAGGCGAGCGAGGGAGAACAUGCGACCAGCGGCAAAUAUUGGUUUGAUUCUUUAAUCCCUGGAGACGUUGUCCAGGCCCAUUGUGACAUGGAAACGGAAGACCUCGACGAGUGUAGCACUACCAAACCAUUUUGCGGUGCAAAUGCAACUGGCUGUAAGAAUACCGUGGGCUCAUUUAUUUGUUCGUGUGAAGAUGGAUUCUCAGGGAGAUACUGCAACGAUGUGGAUGAAUGUGAAGGUUCAGUGAAACCAUGUGAUGCCAAUGCAAACUGUCAGAAUACCCAUGGUUCAUAUUUUUGCUCGUGUAAGGCUGGUUUCACUGGGAGUGGGAAAGCAUGCUCCGAUGUCAACGAGUGCAGUGUUGGUAGUGCAGUUUGUGACCCAAAUGCUAGCUGUCAGAAUACUUUUGGAUGUUAUCUUUGCUCAUGUAAAUCAGGUUUUUUCGGAAACGGAAAAACUUGCUCUGAUUUUAACGAAUGCGACUCCUCGGUUAUUCCUUGCGAUCCCCUUGCCUCCUGUCAAAAUACUGCCGGAUCAUUUGUAUGUUUAUGUCAAAGCGGAUACACUGGAGACGGAAGAACCUGCACUGAUGCAGAUGAAUGCAGUUUUUCUGUAAGUCCGUGUGAUUCAAAUGCAAUAUGUGAAAACACCGUAGGAUGUUUCAACUGUUCCUGCAAAACAGGAUACAGUGGAGAUGGUUUGACUUGCACAGAUAUCGAUGAAUGCGCUGAAGGAUCCCAUGAAUGUCUUCUCGACCUUGCGUCUUGUAUCAACACCUACGGAUCAUACAGCUGUUCCUGUAAUGCUGGAUAUACAGGAGAUGGCGAAACAAGUUGCGAGAUAGCGCUACCGGAAGAAUGCGAGAAUUACCAAUCUCUGAGCACAAGCGACAGAAAAACCUCAAAUACAAGGGGGUGCUACACGUGUGAUAGCUCCCUCACUGGUUGGUAUCGUUUCAAGGAUGCUGCAGGUACGCGUAUGCCUACCACAUGCCCACCUACGAACAGGUGCGACGCAUGCUCAACUGGUUGGCUAAACGGAGUUCACCCUACUACAGCUGACGGAAAAGUUACGAGACAGGUCUGCUUUAACUGGAAUUGAAACUGCUGUAACUGGAACAUCAACAUUGAAGUGAGGAACUGUGGAUCUUAUUUUGUUUACAAACUUCCCCCAGCACCAGUUUGCACUCUGCGAUAUUGCAGCACAGAUUAGCUAACAGUGACAAUACACCGAAAAAGGAACAAAAAAUGUUUUUAUAUUGGCGGCAGCUGCAAUAUUGGAAGUAAACUGAACAACAAGACCUUCUGAAAGGAUUCUGUAGAUAUAAGACAGACUCCUGAGAUAAAGAAGAUUGGUAAUGAUACCUUAUUUUGGAGAUGUGUUCUCAGACCUCUUACUUCAACAUUAGCUUUGGGUUUGCGAUUGAUUUUAUGUAUUUGUAGCAAAUUCAAUGAACAUGUAAAUGGUUCAUUAUUGGUUUCCUAUAAUUGUUCAAAAUACAUCAUUUUAAUCUUCCCAAUGGUAUUUGGUAUUUCAAUUUUCGGUUUUGCAUCCAGUCUAUGUAUUUCCAACAGAAUGUAAAUAGAUGAAUGGUGUGGUUUCUUACCAUUCAAUUUUCUAUAAUUCUAAGUAAGA